CGUGGAACCUCGACUACUUAUUAUCAGCAUUUGAAGAGCACUAUCACUUUUCCGCAGCAUGCCGAAAGAGCUCCCUAUACUCAGACUUGCAGACGCUGCAGCUUGGAGAAAUUGGUUGGCACGGGAAGGUUCGUUGUCCGAAGGCGUAAUGCUCGCAACCAUCAAAAAGGGCGCUCAGGACGCCGACACGAAUCUGCGUUACGACCAAGCACUGGAUGAAGCAUUAUGCUACGGCUGGAUCGAUAGCGGAGGUCGAAAAGUGGACGAUAGUAUAUACUUGUUUCGAUUUUGUCCGCGCAAACCUGGGAGUCUCUGGUCGAAGCGGAAUGUCAGCUACGUGGAACGACUAGAAAAAGAGAACCGUAUGCAACCUGCUGGACGCGCUACGAUUGAGGCUGCAAAGGCCAAUGGACGCUGGGCUUCCGCCUAUUCGGGCUCUGGAAACACGGAGAUGCCUCCCGACUUCCUAGCUGCGUUGGAAAAGGCACCCGCGGCCAAAGCGACAUGGGAACAGCUAAACAAGGGCAACCGUUGGCGCAUAUAUUUCAGACUCAAUAAUCUAAAGACCGCUGCUGGACGGGAAAAGAGGAUCCAGGCCGAUGUCGAGGAUCUGGCGCGAGGAAAACCACCUACACCACAGAAACGUACACCAGCGCGCGAGAAGAGCACUAAAAAGGGAGAUUCAUCGUCCUCUCCUGCUCUGGAUUCAAGCAGUGAAUCUACGCAACAGAAAUCGCGUCGACAAACAAGGACAGGUAGAUUUAUUCCUUCAUACACUGAGUAGUAUUCCAAUUCAUGUCCACACCUGGAUUUCAUCAAGCGCACAAUCUGCCCGGCAAAC